UUUGUGAUCUUGUUCAUCAAUCACCCUUUGCUUUCUUCCAAUAUUCCAUAUCAAAGCACCUUUCCACUUUUCCAUUUUAUAUCUCUCCAUCUUUUGUUCCCCUUAUUAAAAGCCGCAUGCAGCACCUAAGUUAAAGCAGAACUUACACACACUUACACUUGCACACAUAGGGAGCUAGAGAGGGUGAAGAAGGUGAGAAUCUCAAUUGUUUAGCUUAUUAAGUGAGUGGCUCUAUUAUUGUCUAUUCCAUUAACAUGACAGGGACGAAGAGAAACCAAAUUACAACAAGUCCUGUGGGAAGUCCAACAUCUGGUAACAUCUCAGACAGCUACUCUUCAAAAGAACAAGACAGAUUCCUCCCAAUAGCCAAUGUUAGCCGAAUCAUGAAAAGGGCACUCCCAGCCAAUGCAAAAAUCUCAAAGGAAGCAAAAGAAACAGUUCAAGAGUGUGUGUCUGAGUUCAUAAGCUUCAUCACUGGUGAGGCCUCAGACAAGUGCCAGAGGGAAAAGAGGAAGACAAUCAAUGGUGAUGAUCUUCUUUGGGCCAUGACAACACUAGGAUUUGAGAACUAUGUUGGACCCUUGAAGCUCUACCUCAACAACUACAGGGAAACUGAGGGAGAAAAGAGUUCUACUUCUAUGGCAAAACAAGAAGAACUUCACUCUCCAACUCAUCAACACCAAACCAAUAUUGAUGGGGUGGUUGAAAUCAACAAGUUAUUGCCUCAUUCUGUGGCUGCAGCAACCAAAGCUUCGGACUUCAACAACACUACUUUCAGUGCUGGUGGCUUCUAUUCUGUGGGGCCUCAUCAAGUAACUGCUCCAAAGAGCUUCACUGAGAUGGGAGGGUUGAAUGGUUAUAGAGAGAGUUCCAUUGCUCAAAGUGCGCUCAGUGCUGAUCAAAUUCAAGAUGCAAGUGGCAAUAGAAUGAUGCCACCCAACCUACGUUAUAGGGUUGAAUGGUAGAUGUCACAUGCAUACCAACAAGUUCAUCAUGUCCCUUCCCCCAUUAUAUAUUAUAUCAUAUCAUAUAUAAUAUAAUAUAAAUAGUAUUUUUAUUAUGAUAAAGCUUAAUUUCGUUGCUGAUUAGCUAGACCAGGGAACCGAUCAGUUUAAUUACUUGAUAUCUAAUGGCACAAUACUUCACACACUUGGAGAGGAUAUAUUAAAUUUUUAUUUAGUUACUCAAUAUAUAUAUGUAACACAAGUUUAUUGGAGUUUGGAGUGUUUAGUAGUAUAUAUAUAAUCUUGUGACAUGAGUCUUCCAUAGUGUUCAAGUCAAAAUGUUCACAAGAAUAUCUCUCUAAGAUCGUAUCGUACGGUAGAAGAUUAUGAUGCAAAAAAGAUAAUCGAGUUCAUCUUCUCUUUAUGUUGUUUGGGCGCUGCCAAUUUUUAUUGUAUAAGAGUUGAAAAG